AUGCAUCUACGAAAUCUCCUCGUGGCGGCAGCUACUCUCUGCGCGGUUGAGGCCGGAGUGUUGCGCUUCUCCUGCUCCCAGCUUGUGGUUGAUCGCCUCGAUCCGCUCGUCAACCCGGGCCAGUUGCCCUCGCCGCAUCUACAUCAAAUCGUCGGCGGUAACGCAUUCAACGUCACCAUGGACCCGACCACCGACAUCUCCACCACGGCGACGUGCACGACGUGCCAGUUCAGCGAGGACCUGUCCAACUACUGGACCGCCGUCAUGUUCUUCAAGGCCCGCAACGGCACGUACCGCCGCGUCCCGCUGACCGGCAACGUCGGCUUCGAGCAGGCCAACGGCGGCGUGACCGUGUAUUAUAUGAAUAGCGUCCGCGGCAAUGAAAAGGUUACGGCGUUUCAGCCGGGCUACCGUAUGCUCAUCGGGGAUGCGACUUACCGCACCGAGGAAGAGGCGCGUAGGUUCCGCCAACUCACGUAUACCUGCCUGACCACGCCCGGCACACGGAGCGGCGAGACUCUAGAUUUCCCGACCAAGCCUUGCCCGUACGGCAUCAUGGUCAACGUCCGCUUCCCGACCUGCUGGGACGGCAAAAACCUCGACAGCCCCGACCACAUGUCCCACGUCUCCUACCCCGAAUCCGGCACUUUCGAAUCCAACGGCCCUUGCCCCGCCACCCACCCCGUCCGCGUCCCCCAAGUCUUCCUCGAAGCCAUCUGGGACACCCGCACCUUCAACGACCAGGCCCUCUGGCCCGAGGACUCUAGCGCCCAGCCCUUUGUCUGGAGCUUCGGCGACGCUACCGGCUACGGGAACCACGGUGACUACGUCUUUGGUUGGAAGGGCGACGCGCUGCAGAGGGCCAUGGACGCGAAUUGCAAUGUCAACUGCCCUACUCUCAAGAGUCAGGGUUUGGCGGAGGGGAAUAAGUGCGCGGUUCAGCGUCUGGUGGAGGAGGAUGUCGACGGCUGUGAGUUUUCUUCUCUGCACCUGGAUUCCCGGCCCCUUUCAUUCUUUUUAGUUUCUCAACACAUUGUUCUGUUUGCCCCUUUUGUGAAAUCGCCUGUUGAUUUCUUAUGCUGA